AUGGCUGCCUCACCCCCUGGACCAACAGAAGACUUCGCAAAGGAAGCGAAACCAUUUGAGCAAGAAGACCCAAACUCUAUCAGCUGGCCAGAUUACUACAUAGACAGGGUCCAGGCGAUGGCCACAGCAACAGUGUUCUUUGGUGACAGGACAGAGGAGAUGUCACACCGCCUGACAGUAGUGGACAGUUUGAAGACUGCACUGAGAACACAACCAAUGAGGUUUGUGACACGUUUCAUAGAGCUUGAUGGUCUUCAGUGUCUCCUCCGCUUUCUGGAAAACCUGGACUUUGAGACGUGUCAGGGCGCCAUUCACACCUCCGUCAUAGGAUGCAUCAAGGCUCUAAUGAACAACUCUCAAGGUAGAGCUCAUGUCCUGGCCCAUCCCAACAGUAUUAACAUAAUAGCCCAGAGCCUGAGCACGGACAACAUCAAGACAAAGAUAGCUGUGCUGGAGAUCCUUGGUGCUGUCUGCUUGGUGCCAGGCGGACACAAGAAAGUUCUGGACGCCAUGCUGUAUUACCAAAAGUAUGCGUGUGAACGAACCAGGUUCCAGACAUUGAUCAAUGACUUGGACAGAAGUACUGGUGUGUACAGAGAGGAGGUCCAUCUGAAGACGGCCAUCAUGUCUUUCAUCAAUGCAGCACUCAAAUACGGCCCAGGACAG